AUGCUUCGAGAUGAGGCUAUAAAGUCAUCCAAGUCACCAUGGGUCUCUCCUAUCGCGCUGGCAAAGAAGAAUGACGGCAGGCUGCAGUUAUGCAUCGACUACAGGAAGUUGAAUGCUGCAACCAAGAUAAAUGCCUUUCUUCUCUCCCACAUAAAUGUCUCACUUGGCUCCUUACAUGGGUCGCAGUGGUUCUCCACCCUAGAUUUCAAUUCGGGAUGUUGGCAAGUAGAGGUUGCAGAAACAGACCGAGGAACGACAGCUUUUAUAUUGUCAAACGGGCUUUAUGAAUUUCCGACGAUGCUGUUUGAAUUCUGCAACGCAGCAGCCACCUUCCAGCACCUCAUGCAAACAGCUCUGAUCAGCCUAUUCCCCAAGCAUUGCAUUAUCCAUCUUGACGAUAUUCUCGUUUUCGGUGGAGAUUCUCAAGAGCACGAUACCAACCUGAAACUAGUGUUGGAUCGUCUACGGGAUGCAGGAUAA